AUGCUAAAAAAUUAUCUAUCUAUCUAUCUAUCUAUCUAUCUAUCUAUCUAUCUAUCUAUCUAUCUAUCUAUCUAUCUAUCUAUCUAUCUAUCUAUCUAUCUAUCUAUCCAUUUUUGUCUUGUCGAUCUCUCCUAUUUGUGUGUUACAACAAUGUCUGGAAUUGCCCUUGGUCGCUUAGCAGAGGAAAGAAAAGCCUGGAGAAAAGAUCAUCCUUUCGGUUUUGUAGCUAGACCUACAAAGAAUCAAGACGGCUCCCUAAAUCUGAUGAACUGGGAAUGUGCCAUUCCUGGUAAAAAAUCAACACCUUGGGAAUUUGGAGUAUACAAACUUCGCAUGUUGUUUAAGGAUGACUACCCAAGUUCACCUCCCAAAUGCAAAUUUGAGCCACCGAUUUUCCACCCAAAUGUUUACCCAUCAGGAACUGUUUGCUUGUCUCUGUUGGAUGAAGACAAAGACUGGAGGCCAGCAGUUACAAUAAAACAGAUAUUGCUUGGAAUUCAGGAACUUUUGAAUGAACCCAAUAUCAAAGAUCCUGCACAGGCUGAAGCUUACACUAUUUACUGCCAAAACAGAUCUGAAUAUGAAAAGCGACCUCUUUGUUCUUCCUUUGUUCUUCCUUCCUUCUCUCUCUCUCUCUUUGCUCCCCCUUUCUGUUUUCUUAUUCCAUUCCUCUCCCACCUCUGCUACUACAAGAAAGCAAUAUAUGCCAUAUAG